AAAUAACCAGGCUCUGACAAACAAAUACCAUCAGUACUGUAGGAAAACGACAGUUUACCGGCAGAUGUUCCAUGAAUUUAGUACUCCGAUUAUGUUAGAAGUUGAUCUCGGUCUGAAGAGAAACUUUUGACAGACAUCGUACGAAACAACAAACCGAGUCAACGUAUAUUAUAUACCUAGCGUUUGGACACAAUAGGGCUAUCUUCACUGCAGUGUGUAUUUUGAAAAAGGACUCAACUUGAGAGGCACGCUAGGAUUUUAUACGUUUCUGAAUCAUUCUUGGAAGUUUCUGUCGUUCGUGAAAUGUGGAAAGAAUAUGUAAUUUUGAACAGGCGCUUUUUGCCUGCAUGUACUGUCUUGUGAACUGGGGUUUUACUCUCGCAUUUUGGAUCAAGAGAGAUAACUCGUAUUUAAACACUACUUAAAUGGAUAUAACGUAGACUUGUUUUGACAACAGUUGAUAUAAACAUUGUCGUCCGAUAACACAGAUACUGUAAUGACGACAACAGUGGAUCCCUUGAUUCACCGAGAGCUGGGAGUCCCGUAGUCUUUCACAACACGUCAUGGGCGACCCUUAGUUGAAUCAAUACUGUACACUGCACGUACAUGAGAUGGCAGAUCAGGGCGAGCAUCACAAAAAGUCAUGGAUUCUUCACCACAUCCUUGACAGAAUGAUAGGGAGCCGGGAGAUUGUGGCCUUAAGAAGGAAAAUGAUACUUGUUCAAGAGUAUGUGAAGAAUUCCGAGAUGUCAAGUAUGUUAGUCUUCGAAACAGGAAGCAUGAGUGAGGGAUUUGUAAUGAAGGGAUCAGAUAGAGAUGCCAUGGGUAUAUACCCAAACAUUGAAGUUAUAUGUCCCAACCAGAACACUAGUUUUCCAUCAGACAACAGAAACAUGACCAUUUUCGUUAUGAGAAACGACGAUUGCCGAUCUUGUUAUGUACCUUUAGAAGUAGUAAAAUUAGAACGAUCAACUUCUGUCACGACGGAAUAUCUUGUCCCAGUUCAAGAUAAACUUUUCAUAUCCAGCGAAAUUUACAAGCAGUUAAUAAAAGAUGAAUUCAAUGCUCAGUAUCCUAUGGACGUUGAAAUCCAUGGGCCAGCUUCUUCGGUGAAGAAUAAACAGAGUAAUUUUGGGAUUGAUACUGAUUUUGCCAUUUCGUUCCGUUGUAAGUGUUGGCCACCGAAAGCCAACGAGUGGUUGAGUAGAACUCGUCAGCAUGGUUGGCCAGGAGAAGUAUUGGUUAAUAAUAUUUCACAAAGUGGUUGUCAUGUUGUUCCUAUUGGGGAUAAAACUUCUCCUAACACUUCCCUCCAAUGGAGGAUAUCAUUUGCGACAGCAGAAAGGAAACUGAUUCAUUCUCUCAGCCAUGAACAGUUUUUAGUAUAUGGACUUCUCAAGUAUUUCCUAAAACAAAUAUCUGGAAUAUUGAUAGAAAUCGGCGUUGAUGAAGAUAUUCUUUCUUCGUAUAUCAUGAAAACAGUUAUAUUUUUUGCAGUGGAAAGUACACCGCAUUCAUUAUGGAAAGAACAAAAUACCUUCCCGUGCUUCAUUCUUUGCUUAGAUAUAUUGAUUAGCUGGGUAAAUGCAGGAUACUGCCCUAAUUACUUUAUUGUAAGCAACAACAUGUUCAAAGGGAAACUUCAUGGUGGAAAUCAAGAAAAACUUCUUCGUUUUCUCAUGGAAAUGCACGAAAUGAAAUGGAUGUGUCUUUCAGUUGGAACAUUUAUACAGCCUUCUAUUGGAGUACGUAUUCAGAGAGUAUUUAACGGAGAAUGGAAAGACAUUUUACUGGCACCUAAUUCAACAGAAUUUGAAUGUGACCUUGCAAUAUUCAGAAAAUCUUUGCCUCAAAAAUUGUACAGUAUUCUCGAUCACUUGCUCUCCUAUCUAAAUCACAGUCGGACAUUGAUGAAUCGUGGAUACACACUCUUACACAAAUGUCAGGAGUCAAUAGCAUCUAAUUUAUUCGUAAAUGACAAACUUUCAACAUUCUAUCCAUCCAAAUUACGCCAACAUUUCACGACAAAUCGCUAUUGCGCCUACAUUCCUCCACUCCCCUACGCUGUUUUCCUGUCCUUUCUCUGUUACCAUGAAUUUGGCGACAGGAAAAGGCGUGACGCGGCAUUAACUCAACUUCGGAUGGUGAAGUAUGACGAGCAUCAGGGAGGUAGUGAGUUCUGGAUUGUCCACAAUCUCCUUGGAAUCUGCUAUGAAUUGGUUGGUGACACGCGUAGGGCCAUCAGAGAAUAUAGAGAAUCUCUAAGCGGAGGCAAAAUCUUGCAACAGUUCAACCCGGCGAGGGAGAAUAUUACACGGUUACUACACUCAAAAGGGGAAGCCUUGUAAGGACCACCAGUAAAACAGUUUGCCUUUGAAACGAAUAUUGUAAUUUUCCUGUCACAUACAGUAAAAUUGACAUGCUUUAUGGGAACUUAAGUUUGACAUGUUAGUUGAAUUAACGUUUGUGAAAGCUAUGUUCCUAGAUUUGUGAUUUUUUGAAGUACAUUUGAUCAGGCAAUGCCCAUCAAGUCAGUAGCUUUAUGUAUGUCUACACUUUUGUAUAUAGUUUGUACAGUUUUAGAGCAGAUGGUGUUAUAAAACGCUUAUUCUUUUUUGAAUUUUCAAGGGUAGGUGUGUAACCUUUAUUUGAAAUGUAUAGUAUUUCUUUGUAGAUUUUAAUGUAUUAUUAAUUCACCGUGAAAUAGUUUGAAGUCAGAUUUGACACAAGGACAUCAAGAUGAAAUGAUUUGUAUAAAAACAAAAUGAAAUAUAAAAAAAUAACUUCCCACUAAAACCUGGAUACAAUACCAAGGGUUCAAGAAGGGUAAGCGUUUUUUUGCACAAUUUUUAAUUGUACCAUAGACGUAUACACUAUACAAACUAUUAUAAUUAUGUAUAACCCUAUCUGAUGAUUUAAUACCUUAUAGUGUAAUAAGUGUCGUAAACUACAGAUCGUGAGAACUUUUUAAAAGGUAAUCAACAUAAAAUUGAGGCGGAGUUAGUCAUAGCUUAUGCAAAUUUCAGGCUAUUAUUUUUAUUGAACUGAUCACACGUUACAAUGUUCUGACAAUUAAAUUUGUUACCGCUAAUCAGACUUGUAAACAAUAAAAAAAUAAACCAUUCACGUCUAUUCAAUUAACACGUGUUCAACUGAAGUAAACGCCGCAUUUCAACGUAAAAAGGAAAAUAUUUCUUCAUUAUAGAUCAAAAAAAAAAUGACGUAAUGCAUGAAAAUGCGAUAUGAAUAAAUAAUUGUAACUAUUCUGUACUAAGUACAGCUGGUCAAAAAGGUACAAAAUGUGUCAAUGUUCAAGAGGUAGAAUUCACUGGUAGACUGACAUCUAAACAAUUACUUGGGAAGAGUAUUGUUCAGUUCUAAUCUUGCACUCCAUGCAAGUUAGUUAUGAUGAAUGAGACAUGCAUAUUUGUAUACAAAGUAUUGCCAAGUAUUUGUUGUAAAUGCGAUAGUGUGUUGGCAUUUAUUUAUUGAUACACUCAAACUACAAUUCAAACUGUUACAUGUACACGAUGCAAUAUACAUUUUACUAAAAGCUUGUGAAACCUUGACAUGGCUUGUUAUAUGAUAAACUGUAUUUGAAAAGUGGUUACAAUUAUUCUGUAUCAUUAAGAAAAAAAAAUCAUCUUUUAUUAAUAAUGUUUCAUAUGUUGUAUAUUCGGUUGCAAUAAAAACAAAGCAAAACACACACACACACGUAUAACAUAACAAUGCAUGUACAAGAUGAUGUAUUGCUGACUUAUUAAUCAAGUUUUGUAUUUGUUACGAAUGCAAGGAGAAAAUUAUUAUUUUUGAUAGCUAUUAGAACUAUCGGGGUCCGUAUUCAUGAAACCGUUCUCAUGCUCAAGCAAGAAUUCAAUGCUCAAACCAGUUUUUUUUGUAACUCGCUGAAAUCAUGUCAAACAAUCAAAAAGUCAAUUAUUAACAUUGUUAACAUUAUUUGGGUUUCAGUCUCUCUCUUCAAUUAUAACCGGAACAAGAAAUCAGGCUUGAGCGUAAAUCCGUUUUUGAGCAUGAAAACCGUUUCAUGAAUACGGGCCCUGAUGUUUUAUACUUUGCCGAAUCUGGCGCGUGUGUUAAUGUCAGGGGAUGUAUAUUAAGUAAAAUGACAUUUGAAUGGUCCAACCCUGAAUGUCGGGGAUUGAGAAUAUAAUAAUACACCUGCUGUUAACUACUAGGUGAUCAUAAGAGACGACUGAUGUAGGAACCCGAUUCAGAAUCGGAGCUUUGCGUUUUGUACCCUCUACUUUGGGGCAUAGAAGCGACCAAAGUAAACCUGCUGCACUCAUUGCAAUAUUUUGGACCUUUGUAUUUUUCUCUGCUUCUUACUACCAUCUGUUUGCAAUACUUUAUUUGUUACUUUAAUGUUGAACUUUCGCCCCGGCUUGACCAGGACAUACCAAAAUGAUUAAAAAUGGUAGUUGUUAUUCCCUGCUUGAAUUCAGUGAGGUAGCACUAAAAUAUGUGCAUCAGAUCCGCGCUAUCACAAUGAGGCAAAUACACCAACAUAUCCUAUCUCAAUCGCACAAACACACCUGCAUGGAUACACAACACAUAUUUGAAAAGUCCGUAAAUGACCUUAGCUGUCGGUAGGACGUUAAACCCUAUACAACCAACACGUGAUCGGUCAGUCACCCAAUUAAUGUAUAAGCAUCUUAGUCUGAUGCGUGACAAGGAUAGUUUACCUGCAUCGUCGCUGUAGGCCUUCAAGAUGGCUUCUCUGUAUUGUGUGAUGUCAGCACUGAACACCAGUCGGCAUUCGUCUGCAACACAAUCAAAUAUAGUCUGGCAAUUUUUCGCUUGCGUUGUAUU